AUGCCUUUAAUUGAUUUAAAACAACAUGAAGAUGUAACAUUUCCAGAUCCCAACAUACUACAAAAAAAUGUCGAAGAAAUUUUGGUAGCUUUUCGAUGUCUGAAAGAAUUGUGUGUUAAAUACUCGGAUACUGAAGAAAAUAUAAUGGAAUUGAAUCAUUUAAGUAGUAUAUUUGAUGAGUUGAUAAUGGAACGAGCCAAAGAAUCUCUUAAAAUGUCAAUGUACUUGGAAGAGAUUUUGGAUUAUUUUCAGAUGCUCAUUAAAGAAGAUACCAGCGUUGGGGAUUUAUUAAAAACGUUAGCGACAUUAAAAGACAUGGUGAAAAAUAGAAUUGUAGAUUCCGAGAAAUUGGAAAACCAAUUCAAAGAAUUUAAAACAGAAAUAAAAAAAAUAAAUGAUAAUCAAUCAUUUGAUGUGCAUGGUGAUGAUAAGAAGGUAUUUUUACUACAAGAUUUAAUAAUAAAAGAUAGAAAUCAAUCUGAGAAUUUUCAAGGUGCAUUGAAAUCAUUCUUGAUCGAAGUGGCAAAGACGACUUCAUCAAUUUUAUGUGAAGUGGCAAAGGUUUCUUUUUUAAUAUUUAUAUUGAAAAAAUUUCUACAAUUACUUAAUGUUAAUUUAAUAAUAUAUGGAAAUUCAAUCAAUUCUUGUCAAAGGAAUUUAAUGAGCGGUGGUAAAUUUGCUAAAAUCAGAGAAAAUAAAUCAUCAUAUAUCUUGGAACAAAUAUCAUCAUAUAACAAUGGUAUGGUUGGUGGUAAUAGUAUCAACAAUGAUGAUAAUAAUAGCAUAGCAUCAAAUGAGUCAAGCACAUCAUAUAGUUUAGCUAAUUUAUUUCCCAAUAAUUUACCAAUUAAUUUAGCAUGUAGAUUACCAGAAAAUUUAAUAAAUGGAUUUAUUAAAAGAUGGAGGGAAGAACAAAUCCAUUGUAAAGAAUCUCGUUUAAUAUUAAAUAAUUUUGUCACUCAGAAUUCCUUACUUAAUUCAGAUUCAAAAUAA